AUGAAUGGGACAUCCUGGACUGAGUUCAUUCUUCUCGGUCUUCUCAACCACACCGUGAUGCACACUGUAUUCUUUGCUGCCAUCCAACUUGCCUACCUCAUUGCCUUGUCUGGAAACUGCCUCUUCCUAUUUGUGAUCCAAACUGGUCCGGAUCUUCAGACCCCCAUGUACUUCUUCCUCAGCCAGUUGUCCUUCAUGGACAUCUGUCUAAGCUCUGCUAUUGUCCCCAGAAUGACCGUGGAUUACAUAGGGAAGGAGAACACGAUUGAGUUGGCUGGGUGUGCGACUCAAAUGUUUUUCACGCUGACCAUGGCAGGAGCAGAAUGCCUCCUACUGAGUGUCAUGUCAUAUGACAGGUAUGUGGCAAUCUGCAAGCCUCUGCAGUAUCCCAUCCUCAUGAGCAAGAGGAUCUGCCUGGCCAUGUCGGCCAGCGUCUGGGUCGGUGCUUCUCUACAUGCCUUGAUACACACCAUUUCUGUGUUCCAACAGCCCUUCUGUGAGUCAAAUAGGAUCGAUCAGUUCUUCUGCACAGUCCAAGCUCUGCUGAAAUUGUCCUGUUCUGAUACAUCCACUUAUGAACAUGGGAUAUACCUUACCGGCAUAAUCUUGCUUCUGGGUCCCCUUUCCAUCAUCCUGGCUUCUUACAUUGCCAUUCUCUUGACCGUCCUACAAAUGCAAUCGUUGGAAGGGAUGCGCAAGGCUUUUGGCACCUGCCUGUCACACCUCUGUGUGGUUGGCAUCUUCUAUGGAGCAGCCAGUUUUAAGUAUAUGAGACCCAGGUCCUACAGAACGGCACAACAGGAUAAGGUUAUCUCUGUGUUUUGUGACAUUAUGACCCCGAUGCUGAAUCCCCUGAUAUACAGCCUGAGGAACCGAGAUGUGCUGGCUGCACUGAGGAAACGGAUUGAAAAAUGUACUCUGAAUAUACCGUUGAGUAAAUUCUGA